AUGAUCAUGGAAUGCUGAAUGCAGGGGUGCAAAAAUAAAGUUAAAGUUUUCUGUAAAUGUACGAAUCCGGUCAGCUACUCUUGCGGCAUUCAUACAUAUAAGCAUCUUCAAAAUGAGCCUAUUAGAAGUCAUACUGCUUUUAAGCUUAAAUUUGUUUUUCUUUGUUUCAGCAUCUUUAAUCAUGAUUAAGCUUGAGGUGUCAGCUACUGCAAUAUAUUUCCCAUCAUAAGAAAAAGAUAUAGAGGUGAUUUCAUUGUACAAAAAAGGAUGCUCCUCUAAAGUUCUAAUGUCUGCUAAUCUAGUAAAUAGCUUUUUAUGCUCAAUAUCUCAUGAAUUUAGUAUAUAAUCUAUCGGCUAUAGCAAGCAAAGUUCCAUCAUUUGAAAAAGAAAUUGCAGUAAUAUUUGUAUUGUUCUUGAAUUCUUGGAAUUUAAGGCCUGUUCUAAUAUCAUGCAUAAUGGCGGUGUUGCGGCAAUCAUAAGCUAAAUAAUUACCACAAAAUGAGAAAGCGAUAGAAUUGGCAAGAUAUGUGCUUAUAACUUAGAAGCUGCCCAAACCAAGCAUCUGAUAAGUCACAGUUACGGAAAUUAGAAUCAUAUAUAUUUUUGCAUAUAAAAAAAUUGACCCGUUUUAAGUUGCUUCCUUCGAAUUCUGUAUUUACCUGAAACCUUAAACUUAAAAGUAAAUCCAAGAAACAAGGAAGCCUUAAUUGAAGAGCUUCAAAAGCUAUCAAAAGAAUUACUUGAUAUAAAAGUAAACUUAAUGAAAGACACAUAUAAGAAAAUGCAAGAAUUAAAAUUGUCACUUAUCAAAAAACUUGAAAAUAUUGAAAAAAUAAGAAUAAAUCAAGUUGAUUUAGUUAAAAAGAUUUACUCAAUAAAAAAUCUACCAAAAAUAAAUCAAAAUCCGCUUGAAAAGCUAUUAAGCUUAGAUCCAGAUAGUGCACGUAAAAAGUUGGAUGAGUUUGGGUGCAGAUUUAAUCGUUCAGAUUGUAAAUUGAACAAAAAUGAUAGAAUCGAUGAUGCUGAAAACAAUGAAAUUGUAUACUCCUUUGAAUAUUUUUUUACUUUUAUGGCAUAAUCUAAGGCAUUUGAGUUUGCUAAAGAGGGGUCUUGAAAGUUGAAAGCUAAGAUUUUUAACUAAUAUUAAAGCAAUUAUUAAAUAUAUUAAUGAAAUAUAUUUUUUAGAGGAGGUACAAAAAACUUAGUUAGAGUAAAUUUGACCAAUUAUUCAAAGUCUGAGAAGCGGAUAGACAUUCUUUGUAGCGAUGUCAUUUCUCCUGAUGUUAUUUCUAUGUGUCUUCUUCCUGAUAAAUCUAUAUUUUGCUAUGGUAAUCAUCCUGCAUCAGGAACAGCAUUUAUAUUGUACCCAAAUAACACUAUUAAGCGACUUUCAGAUGGAGAUCCGUCAGUAGGUAUGGGUGCUGUGUAUCAUGAUGGCUUUAUUUACUUAUUUGGAGGAUGGCAUGUUAAUGGUAAGCCAUGGAAUCAAGCAGCAAAAUAUGAACUAUCAACUGAUAAGUGGUAUUAUAUGAAGAGAAUUUUGCUGCAUGCUUUUGGCAUAAAGUUUUCUAUAUUAUAGUUCUAAAUUCAUUAAGAUGUUGAAAUAAGAAAGAAAAAAUUUUUAAUAGAGAAUAUAAAAUUUGCCAUCUGAAGCAAAAUCUAUGUCGGGUUUCAUGUAUUUCAGGCAAUUAUGGAAUCGCAUUUGUUGGAUUUCAAAGUAGCAAACUAUAUUCAUAUAAUCAUAAGCAAGAUGUUUAUAAUGAAAUUUCUCACAACUUUGUAGAUAAUACUCAUAAAAUAUUACUCCAGGCAGAAAAUCGAGUAUUUUUAAUCGAAUCCUCAAAAAAUAUAUAUGAAUGUGAAUCAAAUCAACUAACUCCCCCCCCUCUGUGAGCGAACAAAUAGAUUUUGUUCGCCCAUGCACGGAGGGGGUUAAUUUUUUUUUUAAAAAAAUCCCACUUCUCUCGAAAAUUGGAAAGCAAAUAUUAAUUUUAUUUGUAAAAUUUCUGUUUGAAAACGCAAUUUGCUUAAAAAUUAAACAAAAUUAGCUCGAGAUUUCAUGAUACUAUUUAUCACUUAUAUAUCAAAAAUUUUUGUUCGCUGAGGAGGGUGAAAAAAUAGGAAUUUUUCUAAUGGUUUUGUUCGCUCAAGGAGGGGGGAGUAAGCAAUUGGAAAAAUAUAGGAGUAUCACAGAUUAGUUAUAGUUUCAAAGCAGCAUACAAAGUAUAUUUCAAUCAAAGUUGCUAUUUCAUGGACAGUGAUUAUAAAAUAUAUAAAUUUGAUAUGAAGAGCUUACAAUUAACGAUGACUCAGGCAUAA